GAUUUAUCCCCCAAUUACACUCUCUCUCUCUUCCUCCUCCAGGAUGCCUGGAACAGCUCGCGAUGUAUCAGCGGUUGGGCGUUUCCCUGGUGUCACCCUUAGCAAUGGGGACGCUGCCCCUGAAAAAGAGAAGGUGAUGAUAGAGAAGGGGCCGGAGGAGGGAGGCUGUCACCGAUGGCUGCGGAGGAUCUGUCCGUGCUGCUGUCGUCAGAAGAGCAGCUCGUACGACAUCACACCAGGCGCGGGCACCGCGGGUAACGCAGUGGACGGUAAAGAGGAGGAGAAGCCAGCACCGCUGCCCGAACCGGCCAAGCCCCAGACUGGCGACCAAGAGCUUGAUGAGCUCCAACUGACGGUCCGCUCUGUAGACCUGCUCAGCUCCAAGUCUGGCCAGAACCGCACGGAGCAUCACACCGAUCAGUACCACGGAGACGACCUGAUUGUGCGCCGAGGCCAGACCUUCCAGAUGGAGUUUGACCUCUCGCGACCCUUCUAUGACAAGACAGAUAAGCUGCACCUAGAACUGAAGACAGGGCCCUCACCAAUGGUCUCCAAAAGAACACAUGUCAUCAUCCCAUUGGUAGAUGAGCUGGAGGACGAAGUCUGGGAGGCCAAGAUCGUGGAGCAGAACGGCAACAAGGUCAAGCUGUCCGUUAACUCCCCAGCCAACACUCUGAUUGGCAAGUACAGCAUCGCUGUGGCAACACGAUGCCCAAAGGGGGAGGCGGUCACCAUGCAUGACUCCAACAAAGAUGUCUACAUCCUCUUCAACCCCUGGUGUGAAGAGGACAGUGUGUUUAUGGACAACGAUGACGAGAGGAAUGAGUACGUGCUGAACGACACCGGGAUGAUCUACUACGGCACGGAGAAACAGAUUGGAGCUCGCACCUGGAACUUUGGACAGUUUGAUAAGGACAUCCUGCAAGCCUGCCUCUAUGUUUUGGAGAAGAGUGAUGUGCUCCCGUCCGGCAGAGGAGACACCGUCAAUGUGGUCAGAGUCAUAUCUGCUAUGAUCAACUCUCCGGAUGACUUAGGCGUUCUGGAGGGGAACUGGUCAGGGAACUACGUGGGCGGAACGUCUCCCACGGCCUGGAGUGGCAGUGUGGACAUCUUGAGGAAGUACUACCACGGGGGAGGAGCCCCCGUAAAAUACGGCCAGUGCUGGGUCUUCUCUGGAGUCACUACAACGGUGCUCAGGUGUCUGGGUAUCCCCAGCCGCAGCGUGACCAACUUCCAGUCCGCCCAUGACACCGACGUCUCCCUGACAACUGAUGUGUACUUUGACGAGAACAUGGAGUCCAUUGACUCCCUCAACUCUGACUCAGUGUGGAACUUCCACGUGUGGAACGACUGCUGGAUGGCCCGUCCCGACUUGCCCCCUGGCAUGGGCGGCUGGCAGGCGGUGGACUCGACCCCGCAGGAGACCAGUCAGGGCACCUUCCGCUGUGGCCCAGCCUCCGUCACCGCCAUUCGCACCGGCCAGGUGUACCUCAAGCACGACACGCCAUUUGUGUUCGCCGAGGUGAACAGUGAUAAGAUCUACUGGCAGCGCAACCUGGAUGGCACUUUCAGCCAAAUCCACAGUGAGAAGAAAGCUGUAGGCCACUUCAUCAGCACCAAGGCAGUGGGCUCCAGCAAACGGGAGGACAUCACACACCUGUACAAACACACAGAGGGCUCAGAAGAGGAGCGCAUCGCCGUGGAGACUGCCAGUCGCUAUGGCACCAAGCCCCACACCUAUUCCUCCCCCAUGGCUGAGGACGUGAGCGUGGAGGUGAAGCUGGAAGGGGAUGGCCCUUGCAUGGGGGCUGACGCCCAGCUCUCUAUCGUGGUGACAAACCUGAGCUCGCAGGCCCGCAGUACCAACCUUCACAGCCAGGUGGCGGUCAUGUACUACACCGGUGUGCUGAAGGGCACUGUCAAGAAGGACAAGCUGCCAGUGGAGCUCAUGCCCAAUGAAGUGAAGACCAUUAAUUGGGUCCUGCCCUACCAGCAUUAUCAGGACCAGCUGGUGGACCAGGCGGCACUGAUGCUGACCGUGUCGGGUCGGGUCGCUGAGACCCAGCAGGUGCUGGCCUCUCAAACCAGCUUCCGGCUCCGCACACCCGACAUCAACAUCAAGCCUGAAGGAGAGGCAGUGGUGGGGAAGCAGAUGUCAGCUAAGAUCACCUUCACCAACCCACUGCCGUCCACACUGCGUAAUGUGUUCCUGCGUGUGGAGGGGCUAGGACUGAGGGACCUCCACCCCAUUCAGAUAGGUGAUGUGGGCCGCCACUCCACGGUGACGGUGACGGAGCACUUCAUCCCGUCACUGGCAGGGACCAGGAAGCUGUUGGCGGCGCUUGACUGCAAGCAGCUCACGCAGGUGCACGGCGUCGCCGACAUCCAGGUGAAAGAGUGCUGAGCCAGAACUGUGAACCUGCCGCUGCGCCACUGUGCCUCUCUCACAGACACCAGACUUCCUGUCUGUGUAAGCUACAUGUCCUCAGUCUACCCCCACCCCCCUGACUUACCUACACCACCCCUCAGCAAAUCAUGCACAGUAUUAAAGUUUUAAGGUCUGUGUAGGGUCUACCUCUCAGCCUAUUGGUACAGUGCUCUACCUUUUUCUACACUCCUUCAGUGUGACUUACUGAGAUGGAGAAAGUCAAAAGUCAGAUUCUCAGUCACAUUCUCUUCUUAAACAUGACACAAGACCAGUCUUCACUAGUCUUGCAUAGCCAGAUGUACAAUAUAUUAUAAAUAUAUAUAUACGAAAUAUAUAUAUAUCUGGAGACAGCCAUGCAGAAAAUGUAAACUAAAUGUAGGCUGGGUAUAGCAUUAAUAGAAUUGAAAUGUUUAAACCACUGAAAAUCUAAAAUGAGACAUUCAUGAUUGGACAUUCUUGGAUAAAAUGACUGGAAUGUGUGGGGAAUAGGGGUGGGUAUGUAGACUCAGAGUCGUCUCCUGACUGUGAACUCUCGCCAUGCAGUGCCUAAGUCAUGUGUGGCCUGAGACCAAUGCCUUUCUUACUCUCUUUACCUUUAUAAACAUGGAACCAUUAUUAGUAUCAUUUUAACAAGCAUUUCAUGUAUUGUAGGUGACACCAAACAAAGGCUGUUGUUACCAUUUACUAGAGAUUUAUUUUAUUCUUUUAUUCGAGGAAUAUUAAGCUCCGGUUGUAUAAUAGAACCACUGAGCUGUCGUCAUGCAUCCAUAUGUGAUUCCCAUUUCAAUGCAUCUUUAAUGAACAUGAAACCCAGCACUGUUUCCGGGCUUUGAAGGGGAGAGCUGGCAGCAUCCCCUUAAGAGGAUAUAAAGUGCCUUUGUGAGCGUAAGGUAUGCUUUGUUUACUAAAGGUCCUCCAGACGGAAAGAAACAUGGCUGCAUUGAUUCUUAUUAUAAAAAUGUGGUAAUUUUCACCCUAAUUGUCUCAUUAUUAGGAUGUUUUAGACAAGGUGAUUACAAAGCAUCAUGACAAUAGCCCUGGUUGUCUUCUUAUUAGAAGUAUGGGAAUGUUUUCCACAAAGUGAUUACAAAGCGAAAUAAAAAUAGCCCUUUACUUGAUGAAAAACAGUGUUUCAAGUGCUGGUAUGCACAUGUGUAUUUCAGACUAUCUAGUAUUGCCACUUUUGUACCGACAUGUUAUGCACUGUACCAGAGGUUUGAAGCUGAGAUUUUUGCUGAUAUGUAGCCUACAUGAUCAAUGCCCUAAAACACCAGAGAAAUCCAUGGUGGAUAAAUCAUCAGGAUGACAGUAUUAAGCCCCUUUACAAGACUGUGUCUUUUUUGAUGUCACAUUUACAAAUGAUUGGUUAAUAAUUUCCGAAGGCUUGUAAUAUGUCCUGCACUUAAAAAGGUCAAAUGAAGAAAAGCAUAGAAUGCAUACUGUAGUGACGGUCCUUACUACUAAUACGAUUAUUAUUUAUCGAUGUAUUUACAUUAUUGUUGUUUGUCAAAUGCUAUAUUUUGUUGCUAAUAAAACAAGAUGUACGAUA